AAUCUAAACAGUACCACGACAACCUAAAUAGAACAAAGAAUUUAAAAGGAACACACUGAUGAGUAAAAGUAUUCAGUUCCCUUUUCUUGAUUGUUAUUUUAUUAUUAUUAUUAUGAUGAUGAUGAUGUGAUUGUGUUUUCUUUUCGGUUUCUAUAAAAUAAUAAUAAUAGUAUUGUAAAUAUAAUGUAGAAUUCAGAUGUAAACUCAAGUGAGCAAAAUUUAAAUUUUUUGCAUUUAGUCCUCAGUAUUCAAUUGCUAACCGACGGAAUAAGAACGGGGAAAAAAACCUUUUCUGCAAACUGUUUGUCUGUAACAUCUGCACAGUGGCGCCAAUUUAAGACCAAAAAACAAAACUAAAAACACAAGAAAAAAUCUCGUAAGACACAUAAAUCAAAAUUGAAAGUGAUAAUUAAGUGCGUUCGUUGUAUGAGUUGGUUGGACAAAAGAGAUCUUUAACGUCAUUGCAUAUAAGUACGUUACACUGUAAAUACAUUUACAUAAGUGGACGAAAGAAUUAACAAGAUAAAAGAAAACAAACAAUUUAAAAACAUAACAAAAAAAAAAUAAAAAGAUCAUCAUAGAAAAAAAAUCAUAAAACUGAUCGCGUGUAAACAUUUAACGUACUACUACAAGCAGCAUCAGUCAGUCAGUUAGUCAUUUAUUCAUUCAUUAGCUCAAUAUAUUAUUGCGAAUAUGUACUGAAGGUGGUGGUGAUGUUGCAGUUGGUGAUUAUUGCAGUACAGCUAGUGAUAGUCAUAAUAUAGUAAUUAGUGUGACGUGCUUAAACUAUAAAUAAUAUUUUAUAGUUUAUAAAUAGUGAGAAUAAUAUAAAACACAAAAAAAAUAAAUAAAUACCUAAACAAUACAAAUAAAUAUCUAACAAAAUGAAUUCAGUUGAGGAAGGUAAAAAGUCCACCGCAAAUGCAGAAUCCGAUGGCACCAGCAAUGCGGGCGUUGCUGUUAGCCCGGAAAAUCAACGAGAGAAUUGGGGCAGUAGUUUGGAGUUCCUGAUGUCUUGCAUAUCGGUGUCUGUUGGUUUGGGCAAUAUUUGGCGUUUUCCCUUUACCGCCUAUGAGAAUGGCGGAGGAGCUUUCUUAAUACCCUACAUAGUGGUGCUUUUCUUAAUUGGCAAACCCAUGUACUAUUUAGAAGUUUUACUGGGUCAGUUUACCAGUCAAAGUUCUAUAAAAGUUUGGUCCGUAUGUCCCUCAUUUGUUGGUGUUGGCAUUGGCCAAGCUUAUGCGGGAAUUUGUGUUCUAACCUAUUACUCUAGCCUGCUGGCAUUGACUUUGUAUUAUUUUGUAUCAUCAUUUAAUAAAAUUUUGCCCUGGUCAUAUUGCCGAGAGGAAUGGGGAGGCAAUUGUGUUGACUCCAAUCCAAUAGGAAAUCCUAAUAAUAAUUAUAAUUACAAUAGUAAUAAUGAUACAACAAUUAAUUAUAAGCUACAAAGUAGUUCAGAACUAUUCUUUUUGAGAGAAGUGAUACGAGAGUAUGAUGAUAUUUCCGAUGGCAUUGGUAUGCCCAGCUUGAAACUUACGUUGGCCCUGUUUGUGGCUUGGCUGACAACAUUUUUGGUUAUAGUGCGCGGUGUGAAAACGGCUGGUAAGGCGGCCUACUUUUUAGCCAUAUUUCCCUAUGUUAUAUUAAUAACACUGCUUAUAAGAGCCGUUACCUUGGAAGGUGCUAUGGAUGGUAUUAUAUUCUUUUUGAAACCCAAUUGGAGUGAGUUGUUAAAUUUAAAGGUCUGGAAAGAGGCUGUUGUACAGUGUUUCUUUUCCCUGGCUGUGGGCUUGGGGCCAAUUGUUAUGUUUUCCUCAUACAAUAAAUUUUAUCAUAAUGCAAAUAGAGAUGCCAUUAUCGUUACUAGUCUGGACACUGUAACAAGUUUAAUAGCAGGCAUAACAAUUUUCGGCAUACUGGGAAAUUUGGCCCACAAUCUUAAUGUUAGCAAUAUAGAUGAGGUGGUACGUAGCGGUACCGGUCUAGCCUUUAUAUCGUAUCCAGAUGCUAUAGCCAAAUUUAAGGCCGUACCACAGCUUUUUGCUGUUUUAUUUUUCAUCAUGUUAUUCGUCUUGGGUAUUGGCACACUGGUGGCUCAGGCCAACACAUUGGUGGCCAUAUUGUGUGAUCACUAUAAAUGGAUGAAAGCUUCCGUGGUGGCCUUGAUAACAACAAUUUGUGGAUUUCUUUGCGGCAUCAUAUACGUUACACCGGCCGGUCAAUGGAUCCUAAGUUUAGUCGAUUAUUAUGGAGCUACAUUUGUUAUAUUCGGUUUGGCGUUAUUUCAAAUAAUUGGCGUUGCGUGGGUUUAUGGUUUAAACAAUUUCUGUGAUGAUAUUGAAUUUAUGACCAAACAACAUGUUUCAUUCUAUUGGCGCAUCUGUUGGGCAGUGAUAACACCACUAUUGUUAUUAUUUAUUUUUGUCUAUUCCAUGGCAGAAUUGAAAACAUUAAAAUAUGCUGGCAUGGACUAUCCAGAAUCAGCUAAUAUUGCUGGUUGGAUAUUAUUGGCCAUAGGAUUUAUACAAUUUCCAUUAUGGUUUAUAUGGAGCUCAGCUAGUAAUAGUGAUGGUUCAAUAUGGAAUAGCAUUAAAAAAGCAUCCUCCCCCAGCGAAGAAUGGGGUCCCAGUGAUCCGGUUAUACGCAAAGAAUGGCUGCUUUAUAAACACGAAAUGCAAGAACAGCGUAAAGCUCAAUGUUCAGAGGAGAAAUACUCACAGUUUUCACAAAAAUUAAAAAAUGUAUUUUGCUAAACAUUACAGUAGGUUAUAGAGGCAUUUUUUUUUUAUUUUUAUAUUUAAGCAUUUAUUCUAACUAUGCCGAUAAAGAAAGAGGAAAUUAUAUAAGAAAAAUUGUACUUAAUCAGAAUUAAAUUGUGUAUAUGUGUGUACUUAUGUAGAUAAUACAUAUUGUUAAAAUAAAACUAAUAACUAAAUUAAGAG